AUGCAGACGCUUGAGCUUCACUUUGGCGAUAAAAGACUAGUCGCGCAGAACGUAAUCAACGAUAUGAAUGCAAUGCCAGACUUAGAUUCCGGACGAAUUACCCUCAUGCAAUUUUCGACAAAAUUGCGAAAUGCGGUAGUAGCGCUUAACGCCUUAAAAUGUACAGGAUACCUCCACAGUCCGGAUCUGGUAUCAAGCGUCGCGGGUAGAAUGCCGUCUGCGUUAAAAUAUGCUUUUAAUAGAUACGUGGCGGAAAUGACUGAGCCUGAACCCGAGCUCGAAAUGCUGGCAGAUUUCAUGUUUAGAGAAGCGCAGUUCGCUGCGACUGCGGAAGUGUUUUCUUCAGGAACGUCGGUAGCCACGGGAAGGCCGGCGGGGGAGAAGGUCAAGAAGGCGGUUAGACUGGCUCGAAUAGAGAUGCCAAAGCGGAGCGUUGGACAGGCUCUACGGGGCUCGCGGCUAGAUGCUUCAGUCCCGAAUUUGAGCCUACUUGUCCAGUCUGUUUCAGAGAAGCUUGUACAUUUCGUAAAAUCCAGGGAGGAUGUAGACAUAAGACCAUAUAUCAACGCGCAGCCGAAGUUGCUCAUAGGCCAGAACAACUGGGAGCUAAUCGUAUCAAGAGAACUGCGCGAAUUAGAAGGUAGCGGAGUUGUUUUGUCUUGCUCGUGGCUAGGCUGGAUACCCCACGGGACCACGGACCAGCUGGAUGCGAGUCGCGACGUGUGCGCAAUGUCAACGGUGAACAGAGGACUGGAGUCGGUCGAAUCGGUAGCGCAGGUUGAGGACGAGCGUCUUGACGAUAUGAUUAGGUUUUAUUUUUCUCUUGACUCUCUCGAGGUGUAUCACGAAGCAAGGCCUAACAAAGAACUUGGGCGAGCGCUUAAAACACUAACCGAAACCACCAAACGUGUAGAGGGAGGUUGGGAAACGGGGCUUCUGUGGAAAGAAACUCGCCCGUUAGACGUAGACAGCAAAACUACGGCGCGAAAGCGACUCGCAUCUUUGGAAAAAAGGCUAGAUCGUGUUGCGGAAUACGCGCGUCUUUAUUAUGCAGAAAUGCGUCGGCUCAUCGAAAACGGGUACGCGCGAAAAGUAGACAAAAAAUCAAAGGGUAUGAGGUCGUGGUACUUACCGCAUUUUGGCGUACAAAAUGUUAAUAAACCGGGUAAAGUGAGGUUGGUCUUCGACGCCGCAGCCAAGACGGCAGGCGUGAGUCUGAAUGAUCAGCUCGACUCUGGUCCAGAUUUAUUGCGGUCACUGACUGGCGUUCUGCUUAGAUUCCGACAACACGCGAUCGCGUUUAAAGGGUACAUUCAGGAUAUGUUCCUAAGGGUAAAGGUGAGAGAAAACGAUCGCAACGCGCAGACAUUUUUGUGCCGCGGGAGUGACCGUAGUGGCGAAUCCGAUGAGUACCAGAUGACUUGUUUGGUCUUCGGAGCAAAAUCGUCUCCGUGUAGUGCGAUGUUCGUUAAAAAUAAAAAUGCAGAGACGUUUAGUGAGUGCAAACCAGUCGCGGCGAAAAGUGUGGUCUCGGAUUGUUACAUGGAUGAUUACCUCGCGAGUAGGCGAACAGUAACAGAAGCGAGGAACGUAAUUCGCGAUGUCGUACAAAUAAACGCCAAUGCCGGCUUCGCAAUGCAUGGUUUGGCCAGCAACGAUGCACGCGCGCUGGAGACAGCUGUAACAGGGGGAAAAAGCGGGACCCAGUGGGAAACGCGACUUUGCGAUCGAGGGGGAGAACGUGUUUUGGGGCUCUUCUGGGAUACGCAACUCGACGAGCUGGCAUUCAACGCGGGGUUGUCGAAGAUUCCCGAAAGAUUACGCACAGGCGUAGAUAGGCCAACAAGCCGCGAACUCCUCCGGGUGAUCAUGUCGGUUUUUGAUCCGCUAGGGUUCCUUACCCCUUUCACCCUAAUAUCAAAAAUACUUAUGCAAGAUGUCUGGCGCAGCGGCAUUGGCUGGGACUCGGAACUACGCGAUGAAGAGCACGUCGGAUGGCAAUCUUGGAUCAGGCAUCUCCACAAAGUUCGGGCAUGCCGUAUACCAAGGUGCUACGCAUUGCUAGGACAUCGUGAGGCGAAUGUCGAGUUGCACGUCUUCAGCGACGCCAGCCCGAAAGCCUGCGCGGCCGUGGCCUAUUUGCGAUUCGUGAUCAACAAUGAGGCGUCGCACGUGGCUCUCGUAAUGGCCAAAGCUAAGGUUGCGCCAUUGAAGCCGUUGUCUGUACUUCGUCUUGAGUUGCAGGCGGCGUUGUUAGGAUCAAGGUUGGCAAAGAUGGUAUCAGACGAACUUAACAUAAACGUGACGCGGCGAUACAUGUGGACUGAUUCCACGACGGUACUGCGGUGGAUAAAAACGGAGCCACGCAUGCGUCAAGUCUACGUCGCGCACAGAUUGGGUGAAAUCGAGGAACUAACGCAAAGUACCGAGUGGCGGUGGGUCCCUUCGAAACUAAAUCCUGCGGACGACGCGACAAAGUGGAAAAACAGGUCGUUGCACAAAAAUGAUCGAUGGUUCGUAGGCCCGGAAUUUCUGCGAGGAUCGGAUUCGAGUUGGCCGGUAGAAAAACCUCUGGACGAAACUGAAAAGAGAGAUAUCGGCCGAUUGGAAUUGAGAAAAGCGUUUGCGUAUGUUGUGUCCAUGGCGAAGAUGUCACUACCUACAACCGCAAAAUUCCUGGGGUGGCUGGGUCUGUUAGUUGUAGGCAGGCGCGUUAAAAAUGCGACAGAUCGCUGGAGGAGGAGACGUCGGGCAAAUAUAACGAUCGCUGAUGUGAUUUCCGUCGAAAGCUUUUGGAUACGCAGGAUACAAAUGGACUGUUUUGCAGCAGAGUUGGAGGAUCUGAAGAAAAAAGGUAGGGUGAAAACGCACAGCAAGAUUGCCUCGCUGCGACCGUUCAUUGACGUACAUCACUUCCUGCGAGCGAGCGGAAGGGUGACAACACAAUUGGACGCGGAGUUCAGGAACGAUCCAAUAAUACUCGACAAUAGGCCGCCGUCGAGAGAAGCGCUGGGGAGUCAUCUUUACGUGCCUUACCACGAGGGCGGUGCACCUCGAGCUAGCGCACAACCUUAG